GCAUUAAAACGAAGGUACUUUUCUAGGAACCUCACUGGCACUUUCCUCUUUCACAUACACCACUCGGCUGGCUGACGUUUUCAAGGAGAUAAAAACCACCCUUUUUGCAAAACCCACCGAAUUUCACAAUCGAUUAUCAAGAACUCAAAUUUUUUUUGUUCACAAUCUAUUGUAAAUCUUUUUGUUAGGCGUGCAUCUCGUUCUUGAUUUCAAUUUCUAGUUUUGCCCUCUUAAUAUGGACGUCUUACCUGCAAAAUCUCUUCCGGUUGGCUACCGAUUUCGUCCGACCGACGAAGAGCUGGUGAAUCAUUACUUAAGGUUGAAGAUCAACGGUUUUGAUAAAGAAGUGAGUUGUAUUCGAGAAGUCGAUGUCUGCAAGAAAGAGCCCUGGGACUUACCUGAUUUGUCGGUGAUUGAGUCCAUCGAUAACGAAUGGUUCUUCUUUUGCCCUAAAGAUCGAAAGUAUCAAAACGGCCAGCGAUCAAAUCGUGCUACGGUGUCUGGUUACUGGAAAGCUACCGGAAAAGAUCGAACGAUCAAGACUAACAGAGGAAGUAGCGUGAUUGGAAAGAAGAAGACGCUUGUUUUCUAUACUGGUAGGGCUCCAAAAGGCGAGAGGACUCAUUGGGUGAUACACGAGUAUUGUGCUACCGAAAAGGAACUCGAUGGAACACAUCCUGGACAGAGUCCAUAUGUGCUUUGUCGUUUAUUCAAGAAACACGAUGGCAAGGAGGAAAAUGCUGAAAGUUUAGACUGUGUUGAUGUUGAUCAAAGCGAUGCUUCUCCUCCUUCUGUUGUAAAAUCAUCUACUGAAGAUCCUCAAUCAGAGCCCGUAACCCCAAAUUUGACUGGUCAACCAAACAUUCAACCUUUACUCAAAGAAAAUCUCAAACUUGAAGAACUCAAUAGAACAAAUGACCCUUUGGACUUUCUCGAUCAUUCACAGUUAAUGAACGAUCUUGACCUUGAUGAAGCUCUACAAGGUUUCUGGGAUGCAUCACCUGACCAUUUCGAAUCAAAAAUCUUCUCCCCUUUGCAUUCCCAGAUGCAGUUAGAGUUUGGAUCCGCUUAUAACUGCGGAAUGGUCAACUCCGGAACCGGAAACGAACACUUCGGAAUGCAGAAUCAAUACGGGACAAACGGAAUGGAAUUCUCAAACUGUUUCCUAAAUGAAUCAGAUCACUUAUCAUUCGUUGAUUCAUUUCCUCAAGCCUCCAUACCCGAAUUUCACCAAUACAGCAGCGAAUCAGAUGGUGAAGUCAUCCAAGUUCAGUCUAUGAAACUUGAAAAGGCGAUUGGUGAAAAUGUUAUCUUUCAUCUUCCUCAUGAACAUCAAGCACCAAAGGAAGAAUCUUGCAGUAGUAGCAGUAGCAACAUUGCAUUGGCAUCCAAUGGCGAGGGCAAUUCGGGAACAGGAAUUAUAAUAAGGAAUCGCCAGCCAAAGGUUGCUAAUGGCAUAAACUUUAGUAACCAAGGAACUGCACCAAGAAGAAUCCGAUUGCAGAUGAAACUACAAGUAGGGUCAGUUACCCAUGGUGGUGAUCAGCAGCCUAUUGUGACUGAGGAAAAGAAGCAUAGCCCAGGUGGUAGUGAUGGUGAAUUUGAUGAAUCUUUAAUAUCAACUUCAAAUGUGAAGCCAAAAGCUGAUUUUUCUCAUGGCAUGCUAAGUUGGGUAGGAGUGUGGUGGUUUGACAGUGGUACCGGUGGUGGUUGCCACUUGCCAGAGAAGACAAAAGGAGGGAGGAGGAGGGAAGAGGGAGGAGUGUGUCACAAGGGAACAAGGAAGACGGAAGCCCAGCUUUAUGUUGGAUUCUAUUCGGGGACAUGUUCAGCAGCCGAGUUCAUUGUUAAAGAGGAGGUCGCUAAAGCCUACUCCCAAGACAGAGGUCUUGCUGCUGGUCUAGUCAGACUCCAUUUUCAUGAUUGUUUUGUCAGGGGUUGUGAUGCAUCGGUCCUCAUAGAUCCGACUCCUUCAAACAAGGCAGAAAAAGAUUCACCAGCAAACAACCCAAGUCUCCGUGGAUUCGAUGUCAUUGAUAAUGCAAAAGCUAGACUUGAAUCACUAUGUCCACGGGUCGUUUCUUGUGCUGAUAUAAUCGCGUUUGCAGCUCGAGACAGUUUUGAGAUAACAGGAGGACAAGGAUAUGACGUCCCGGCUGGGAGAAGAGAUGGCAGGGUUUCACUAAUAGCAGACACAAAGGCAUUACCACCUGCAACCGCUAAUCUCAACCAACUCACUCAGAUGUUCUCGACCCAUGGGUUGACCCAAGAAGAAAUGGUUACGUUAUCCGGUGCACACACUAUCGGUCGAUCACAUUGUACUUCAUUCGCUAGUAGGUUGUACAACUUCAGUCAAUCGGUCAACCAGGACCCGGGUUUGAACACAUUGUAUGCUAGCAAACUAAAGCAAGAAUGUCCAAAGGGAAAUAGCAAUGCGAAUUUAGUAGUACCAAUGAACCCUAAUUCACCAACCAUAAGUGACACAGGAUAUUAUGUUGAUGUUUUGAAUAAAAGGGGUUUGUUUACAUCAGAUCAAUCUCUACUCACAAGCACAAAUACAACAAAACAAGUACAUCAGAAUGCCAUGAACCCGGUUCUUUGGAAGAGUGAGUUUGCAAAAGCAAUGGUGAAGAUGGGUGGGAUUGGUGUUAUGACGGGUCAUCAAGGAGAAAUUCGAUCAAAUUGUCGAGUUAUCAAUAAAUAACUAGAUUAUAACCCGCGUUAAACGCGAG